GCGAACUCAUCUCCACUGUUUAUCAGUCCGUCAUCCUCCACUCAUUUCCUCCGUGAACGCCCACAGCUUAUACAGCAGCCAAUCAGAGAGCAGCACACGUGACGAGCGUUCUUAGCGAUGACCUCAUCCCUAGAGUGGGAUGACGUCAAAUACAAGAUGGAUGGAAUCACGACUGCUUCAUGCUCAACGCAACUCUGAAACAAAGUCCAGUGUCGGAGCUCAGGGGCAUCUAAAGCCACCGAACUAGGCCAAAAUGGAGAGCCUGGGGCACUACUGUAACCCUUCCCAUGGUAUUUCUCUGCUGGGUGUCCUCAACGAGCAGCGGUUGAAGGGUCAGCUCUGUGAUGUCGUAUUGUUAGUAGGUGAUCAACAAUACCAGGCCCAUAAAAGCGUCCUUGCAGCAUGCAGUGAAUAUUUCCAGUCUGUGUUCUCCAGAAGGGACGCAGAGAACCGCUCCAUUGUUCAGCUUGACUUCUGUGAGCCUGACGCAUUUGAGAUUGUGCUCAACUACAUCUACUCCUCAUCUCUGUUUGUGGAGAAAUGCAGCCUGGCAGCUAUACAGGAGCUGGGAUAUACCCUCGGCAUUCCCUUUCUAACCAACAUCAUGUCUGUAAGACCUCAGGCGUCAUACUCUGUGUCAAGGAAACGGAUGUCGUUCUCUGAGGAGGAGGAUGGCGCUUCUCAAAAGAGAAGUGUUAUUGUACAUCAAGGUCAAGGUGAGCAGCCUGGCAUGGAUGUGUUUCAGAGGAAAAGUUCGACUCUUCAGGGAAAACCGUUUAAACAGGCCACAGAGCCACUCUCGCUCACACACGAUUUCAGUAAUCAGAGCCAAUCCUCAGGACACAUCAGACCAAAUGAAAAAGAGUCCAACAGUACCUCCAACAGCAGAAGUUCAUAUAAAAACACAGACGAUGGCAUUUGCAGAUCUAUCAUCUCCUCACCAACAUCCAUACUGAGACGUCGAACUGAAUACCGAUCGCAAUCUAUGAGGCCGCAACUAACAUCCUCAGUGUCAUUCAGUGAGUCUGUACAGCAUGCAAGCCUACAAUCAGAUCAGACUGACGGCGCCAAUGAUGGAAGAAUGGAAGCAUCGCAUGAUUCCAGACCAGUGGGUGAACAUCAAGGUCCACGCAACCAAACUGUAGACCGAAGUGGGCCACUUAUUAAAAGUCUGCUGCGCAGAUCAUUGUCGAUGGAUAGUCCAGUUCCCGUUUUUUCUCCAGCUCUGGAGCUAAAGGACUCACAAAGUCGAGUACAAUCCGUGGUCAAGUUAAUUACCACAACAGCAAGGUCGCCAUACCCUGAAAAUGAGGAUCGGGUGUCAAAAGAUAUGCCACUUCUUCUCAGGUCGAGACAGCGAAAUGCAUAUCAGACGGAGGGCACUCAAACGACUCAACUCCGAAUUAAAGCGGAGCCCAGCAGUCCUCUUGCUGACCCCACUGAAAUAGUUCGCAUUACUGUUGGAGACAACCUGCCGGUAAAUUUCAAAGACUUUCAGGCAAACUAUGAUGAAGGUCCAAGAGGGUACUUCACUCCCUCGAUGAAGAGGAAGACUAAGAUAGAUGGUAGUUAUAUGCCCUUUAAGAGAUCUAGGCCUGUUAAUGAGCAUCAUCUGAUGCAUCAGGAAAGCACAUUUGAUGAGGUACCUUACAAUUCCAACAUGGACAAAAGUAAUGAGGAACCUGGAGAACUUCGGCCAAACAAAAUGUUUAAGUGCUGGAACUGCCUGAAGGUUUUCAGGUCCAAUGCAGGUCUGUAUCGCCAUGUAAACAUGUACCACAACCCAGAGAAGCCGUAUGCGUGCGACAUCUGCCACAAACGCUUUCACACAAACUUCAAAGUCUGGACUCACUGCCAAACCCAACACGGCGUGGUUCAAAAUCCUGCACCCUCUUCUAGUUCCUAUUCUGUCCUGGAUGAGAAGUUUCAGAGGAAGCUAAUUGAUAUAGUACGAGAGCGGGAGAUAAAGAAGGCCUUGAUUAUGAAGCUCCGGAGAUCCAAGCAAGGCCUGCAGUCGCAACCCUUCGGCAGGAAAAACAGGCGAUCGAGGUCCUACGGAUGCCCCUAUUGUGGCAAAAUGUUUUUCUUUCAAUCACACUUAAAACUACAUAUGAAAGGACACUCCGCUGAGCCGGCUAACCUUGACAUGGAUGCCGAGAGAGACCUUCAAUACAAGCAGCAGCAGCAGCAGUUGACACAUCUUGAAGAAAACCAAGAUAAGGAUGUCUUUUCUUGCCGGCUCUGCAAUGAGAAACUGCCCUCUUUGACUGAAUUAGAAGACCAUGAGAGAGCUUGCAGGUAUGCUACCGUCUGCCCAUACUGCGGACUUCGAUUCUCCAACACAGUCGUCAAGAAAGACCACGAAGCUCACUGCAAGUACAAGAAGCUGACCUGUCUUGAGUGUAUGCGCACGUUUAAGUCCUCUUUCAGCAUAUGGCGUCAUCAGGUUGAAGUUCACAAUCACAAUAUAAUGAGUGUGAAGGAGCAGUUGACUCUCGGUCUCCAGGAGAGCAAUCAUGACGAAUCAUCCAACGUUCUCGGAGUUCCUCCUUCUUCUCAGGAGUCGAGACAUGACUCCAGAGAGGAAGGAGUGUACAGUGACUCAUCGGUUCCACCCAUGUAUGAUUCUGAAGACUCAUGGUCUUAUGUCCCAGAGGACUUGAGUGCUCACGGUCAAGGGGAGCUGCAGGUCAAAGAGGAACCUCAAGAGGAAGCAGUAUCAGCCAAGGAUGGCAUGAGCACCGCUUCUGUUGGAUCCGAGGAACCGGGUGUUUGGCCUUGUGAGAAGUGUGGGAAGCUUUUCAGUGCCCACAAAGACCUGGAACGACAUCAGGAACUGCUUUGCCACAUCAAACCCUUCAUCUGCCACAUAUGUCACAAAGCAUUCAGGACCAACUUCCGCCUCUGGAGCCACUACCAGUCCCACAUGUCCACACCUGAAGAGCCAGGGAUGAGAGACAUCGACAGGCUUCAGUCUUCUCCGUCUCCUUCUCCACCUCUCACAAUUUCCAUCCCAGAGCCUCCAACUUCUCCACUUAAAGCGACCCAUUCUAGGGUGGAUGCCCCAGAAGAGGAACCCAGAGGCUCCACGUCACCGUCAACCAAACUCAAGAAGCCAGAGCAGGACAAAACAGGCGACGAUGAGCCUAGGGAACAAUCUCACGCCAAGUCCGACAGCGCAGAAAAAACAAUCACCCCUCAGGAAUCCGACACGCUAUUUUACCAUGCCCCAACUCUCUCUGCGCUCACCUUUAAACGGCAGUACAUGUGCAAAUUCUGUCACCGGACAUUUAAGACCGCUUUCAGUCUGUGGAGUCACGAGCAGAGCCAUAUGUAACAGCGCAGAUUUGCACAUUUGUAGCCCUAACCAUUAAAGUUGACUAACUUGGACCUUGUCUCCUUUAAACUGUCACAUGAUUUACUUUGGGAAACACUUGCAGAUGAAACCCAGGGAUUUAUUAAUAGCAUUUGAUCAUACUUAUUACACCUUAUUUCUAUAAACAGUAUUCAGACUGUCAGAGUUUCCUGAAUGCAUCUUGGAUUGCAUGCCAAGAGUUGCUUAAAACAUACAUUUGUUUUCGAAAGCAUUUCCCUGUAUUAUUUCUAAGUUCACUUUUCAGUGAUCAGGAAAGACUGUUAUAAAUGAAACUGAUUUCUUUCACAUUAGUACUUUCUUUGAUUUACUGCAAACAAAAAAUGAGUGAUUACUUUUUUGGAUAGUUACGUGGAAGACUUGCGUACACCUCUGUUGUUUUAGUGGCCUUUAUGCUGUUAUUUAGCACUUUGAAGCAAUUCCAAAAAAACAUUGCUCUCUAUUAAAAGCACAGGCUGGUGUAGAAAGGGCAUUAAUAGACUUUAAUUCCCUCUUUACUGGCCUAAAACGAUAGCUUUAAGUUUAUUUAUGCCCCAUUUAAGUUAAGGAAAAAUAAGAAAAAGAUGUUUAAAUAUUUGAUUUUUUUUUGUUAAAUUCCCAAUUCAGCCCUGCUUAUGUUGUUAGAGCUAUUAAUCUUAAAUUGUUGCUUUGAUCAUUUAAGAGAAUGAAGAUUUACAUCUUGAUUUAAGAUGU